GCCGGGCGCGGGCCCCUGCGCAAGGCGGGUGUCGUGACAGGCCGGCUGGUGCUGCGCCGCCCUGGGAGGCCGCGACGGAGCUCCCGGACCGGCCAUGGGCUGAGAAACGUCGUCUCCGAGCAGAAAAUGCCUGGGUGACGCCCUCCCAGAUCUUCCUUGUGGCCUUCCUCACCCUCUCCGUUGACACUAUGCAACCCCAGCGUGACCUGCAAGGCCUCUGGCUCCUGCUGCUGUCUUUGUUCCUACUCCUCUUUGAGAUGUCCAGAGCUGGCCGUCCUGUGGUUAGCUGUCCUGCUGCCUGUCUGUGUGCCAGCAACAUCCUCAGCUGCUCCAAGCAGCAACUUCCCAACGUGCCCCACUCCCUGCCCAGCUACACUGCACUGCUGGACCUCAGCCACAACAACCUGAGCCGCCUGCGGGCUGAGUGGACCCCCACCCGCCUGACUCACCUGCACUCCCUGCUGCUGAGCCACAACCACCUGAACUUCAUCUCCUCCGAGGCCUUUUCCCCGGUACCCAACCUGCGCUACUUGGACCUCUCCUCCAACCAGCUGCACACACUGGACGAGUUCCUGUUCAGUGAACUGCAAGCACUGGAGGUGCUGCUGCUCUACAACAACCACAUUGUGGAGGUGGACCGCUCUGCCUUUGAUGACAUGGCCCAGCUGCAGAAACUGUACUUGAGCCAGAACCAGAUCUCCCGUUUCCCUCUGGAACUGGUCAAGGAAGGAGCCAAGCUGCCCAGACUCAUGCUCCUGGAUCUCUCCUCCAACAAGCUGAAGAGUUUACCCUUGCCCGACCUGCAGAAGCUGCCCGCAUGGAUCAAGAAUGGGCUCUACCUGCAUAACAACCCCCUUCAAUGUGACUGUGAGCUAUACCAGCUCUUUUCACACUGGCAGUACCGGCAGCUGAGCUCCGUGAUGGACUUUCAGGAGGAUCUGUACUGCAUGAGCUCCAAGAAGCUGCACAAUGUCUUCAACCUGAGUUUCCUCAACUGCAGCGAGUACAAGGAGCGUGCCUGGGAGGCCCACCUGGGCGAAACCUUGACCAUCAAGUGUGACACGAAGCACCAAGGGAUGACCAAGGUGUGGGUGACACCAAGCAAUGAACGGGUGCUAGAGGAGGUGGCCAAUGGAACAGUGAGAGUGUCCAAGGAUGGCAGCCUUGUUUUCCAAAAGGUGCAGGUUGAGGAUGGGGGUGUGUAUACCUGCUAUGCCACAGGGGAGGCUUUCAAUGAGACACUGUCUGUGGAGUUGAAAGUGUAUAAUUUCACCUUGCAUGGACACCAUGACACCCUCAACACAGCCUAUACCACCCUGGUGGGCUGUAUCCUCAGUGUGGUCCUGGUUCUCAUAUAUCUGUACCUCACCCCUUGCCGCUGCUGGUGCCGGGGUGUAGAGAAGCCUUCCAGCCAUCCGGGAGACAGUCUCAGCUCUUCCAUGCUUAGCACCACACCCAACCAUGAUCCUAUGGCUGGUGGGGAUAAGGAUGAUGGUUUUGACCGGCGGGUGGCCUUUCUGGAACCUACUGGACCCGGGCAGGGUCAAAAUGGCAAGCUCAAGCCAGGCAACACCCUGCCGGUGCCUGAGGCAACAGGCAAGGGCCAGCGGAGGAUGUCAGAUCCAGAAUCCGUCAGCUCGGUCUUCUCUGAUACGCCCAUUGUGGUGUGAUCAGAAUGGGUUGGUGGGGAGAUUCUGCCCCAGGAGAGGUAAUGCACCCCUGAAGGAUAUGAGGGGAUGGAAGAGAGGGCUGGCUGCCCAAGGGAGUGGGUUCCCCCCGACCUCAAGGGAAUUGGUCACAGGUACAACAGCAAGCAAGACCCCAACCAGGGUGUGACUGCCAUGAUUUUCAAAUGUGGAUAUAUUAAUCCUCAGGCAAAGGCUACACCCUACCCAAAGCCCUGGCAAUUCUGAAUGUGCUGGAGGAGGAGGAGGAGGAGUGUGUCUGAGUUGGGUGGGAAUGAGGAUGGGGUGAGGGAAAAGCAGAUUCCCUGAACUUUUUCAAGAACAUCCCUAGCUCCUUAAAAGAAAAUCAUUUGGAAAAGAAAAUCAUAUUUUUUUCUAUCUCAGCCCACCCGCACCUGUGAUGUUGUGGAGGGUGGGGGUGGCCAUCCACAGGAGCCACAUUGGGGAAAAGCUGUAGUAUCUUUUUUGGCCAGGAAGUCACACUUCACAGCUGGGGAAAUUGAAAACCUUAGGAAAAUGAGUCAGGAAAGGUUAAGAGCUCAAUCACUUACACUUCCCAAAGCUGUUGUGAAACUUCCCACUAAUGCCUUCCUCUUUCCCAGUUGGCCUCGGGUGCAUGGAUCUUUGCAGGAGCCCUGGCCUGUUGCCCAUCAGAUAUGGCAGCCAAGUGAGAUGUGGCAUUUGUGCCUUGUUCUCUGACUAAUGGCACAGAGGGGCACAGCAUGAACUGAGGGGUCUGUGUCAUAGCAUAGGUACCAGCACAAAACUUUUAGGUGGGGUAUGAACUCCAGGUAAGCUAGCUUCCUGGUUUGUGAAACCCUUGAUUAGCAUUUGAUUCCUAGCACCUGCAUGGCAGACCAGGGUGGGAGCUGCUGAAGGCAGGGCUUUUAUGGAUGUUUGCCAGGAACAUGGGAUGUAGGGUCACUUCAUCGCUUCAACCUAGAAGGAUGAGGAUAAACCAGCCUCUGUUACAUAGUGUCCAGCUGGACCUACCUGAUUUUCUGUGUAUGCCAUCUCUUCAUUCAGUCUCCUUUCAAGCUUAGGUGGGAUUCUGAGUUUUCCCUAAUAUGCUGCUGUGCAAUGAGAGAAAGAGCUCAGGAAAGUUGGGCCCCACUGGGUUAGAUUGGGCUUGGGGAUAAAGGGGACCAGGUGUAUAUCUCCUCUAUGUUGACAAGGCUGCCUCACUUCUCUCUGAGAUCUCUCCCCAACUGCAAAGCCAAAGCAUGGGAUUUCCUCAUCUGAGGAGUUGAAAUUGGGUAGUCUCUGCCCCAGAAUGGCAACUUGAAGUGUAGCUUAGAGUUCUGUCCUCUCUACAGGGUUGCAGGCCAUCUGUGCUAGAGAUAGUCAGUGGCACUAAACUUUCAGAAAGGAGAGUCAGCUGCCCCCAUUCCUCUCAGCCAGAGGUCUGUGCAGUUGUGGUGGUUAGGCCAGAGGAGCUUCACUGAAUGAGCCCAACAUCCCAUCCAAGGCUGCAGAAUAUUUGGAUAUGGAAAUGACAGCUCCCUUUAACCAUACUUCAGGCCCUGGGAGGUGGUUGCUCUGAGAUUUGGCAGGGGGACGAGCUGGGCAUAAAUGAAAGUAUUCUUUGACACUGGUCUUUUUCAGUCUGUCCUCUCUCCCGCCAGCUUUUCUAUCCAUUGGAAGUUCUCUAGAGCCUCUAGGUAUCUGACCUGCUCUUUAGUUUCCAAGAGGUUAUUCACUGAGGGUGAGGUGGUUUGCCAGGAGGGCCUGACUCCAGCUGCCUAUUAAGACUGGGGAAGGGUAUUAGAACUCAAUAUCUUCCCCUUGUCUGUUCCUAGAAUAUGAAGACUGCUGUCUAUCCUUUGUUAGUGACCUAGUUUGUUGAGAGAGAGAGGUGCAGCAUUUCCCUCAAGUACUUGCAUGCUCAUAGGUAUGCAUGUUUAUAGGUAUGCAUGCACACAGCACCUUGACUUCCAUCAGGACAGUGAUUCUUUAGUCCCCACUAAAGUCUACUCUCAGAAUGGUCUCCACCUAUGUGUACUUCAUGCACACAAUUUUCUUGCCCUAUAGGAAAGACAGUGACCAUGCUAGGGUCCCCAGAUACACAAUCCUUUGUACUUUAAUUUCUGAACUCUCCAAAGCCUCACCUGUGUUUCCAUUGCACUGAAUCACUUGUCUGUAAAGGCUGGAGUUAGGAAAACCUCAGGCUGAAGACCCUGGGAGAAGGGGUGGUGAGGAGCUGGUGAGUUCUUCAAACUCCUCAGAAACCACCCGCGCUCCCCCCCCCCCCGACUAAAGACAA